AUGGCGGCGCCGAAGCAGUUUAUGGCCAAAGUCAAGUCGGUGCUGAGUGGUGACACUCUCAUCCUGACCUCGCCCAACAACCCGACCCUGGAGCGCACCUUUUCCUUGGCUUACGUGGACGCUCCUCGCCUGCGCAAGGAAGGAGACGAUGCAUUUGCCUUUCAAUCCCGCGAGUAUUUGAGAGGUGUCGCCCUGGGAAAACUUGUUAAGUGCAAUGUGUACUACACCAUCCCGUCCUCAGGACGUGAGUAUGGUAUUGUGCAAUUGCAGGACGGCACUGAACUACCCAUCGAAGCCGUGAAGGCGGGCUGGCUCAAGGUCCGCGAAGAUGCUGGUCGAAAGGAGGAGUCUGAAGAUCUUUUGGCCAAAAUUGACGAACUGAAGGAAGCCGAGUCUGAGGCAAAGGCUGCUGAAAAGGGCCUGCAUGGAAAAGGAGGUUCCAUCGAAGUUCAAAACGACCUGGGAACCCCUGACUUCUUCAAUCAGUGGAAGGGCAAGACUGUUGAUGCUAUAGUCGAGAGAGUCCUGAGUGGUGACCGUGUUCUCUGCCGAAUCAAGCUCUCCGACAAGAAGCAUCUGCAGGUCAUGACGCUGAUUGCCGGUAUCCGCACUCCUUCCACUGAGAGAACCAAUACUUCAACGGGUCUUACUCAACCUGCUGAAGAAUUUGGCAAUGAGGCACGAACUUAUGUCGAAGAUAGACUUUUGCAGCGCGAUGUCAAGGUUGAGAUGGUUGGCGUCAGCCCUCAGGGUCAACUGGUUGGACAUGUUUUGCAUCCUAGAGGUAGCAUUGCAGAGUUCCUUCUUGCAGACGGAUUGGCUCGGUGCAACGAUUUCCACUCCACCAUGCUGUCAGAGAAGAUGGCGCCCCUCAGAGCUGCCGAAAAGAAGGCUCAGGUGGGCAAGCUUCGCUUGCACAAGAACAGCACCGUCAAGGCCACCGAGGGAGGCUCGUCCGACAUGAUUGUCUCCAAGAUCGUUUCGUCUGAUGCGAUUUACGUGCGAAGCAAGACUGGCGAGGAGAAGCAGGUCAGCUUGAGCAGUAUUCGUGCACCUCGUGCCAAGGAGCCUGCGGAGGCCCCCUUCAGGGAUGAGGCCAAGGAGUUUCUGCGAAAGAAGCUGAUUGGAAAGCACGUCAAAGUCACCAUUGACGGCACGAAGCCCGCAAGUGAAGGGUUCGAGGCCAGGGAUGUUGCUACCAUCACGGAAAAGGGUAAAAACAUCAACCUGCAGUUGGUCGAGGAAGGCUGGGCUUCCGUCAUUCGACACCGCAAGGAUGACACGGACAGAGCUGAGAACUACGAUGAGCUUCUUGCUGCCCAAGAAGCCGCACAAAAGGAGAAGAAGGGUAUCUGGUCUGGCAAGGCUUCCAAGGCCAAGACAUACACUGAUGCUUCCGAGUCGGUACAACGUGCGAAGAUUCAGGUCUCAACUCUCCAGAGACAAAAGAAGGUCCCUGGUAUUGUGGAUUUCUGCAAAGCUGGAUCUAGAUUCACUGUUCUGAUUCCCCGCGAGGGCGUCAAGAUUACUCUGGUCCUUGCUGGCAUCCGCGCACCCCGCGCACCACGAUUGCCUCAGGACAAGGGUGAGCCGUUUGGACAGGAGGCACUGGACCUUGCCAACCGGCGGUGCAACCAGCGUGAUUGCGAGGUCGACGUCUACGACAUUGACAAGAUUGGUGGCUUCAUUGGUGAUCUCUACAUCGGCAGGGAGAGCUUUGGUAAACUUUUGGUGGAAGAGGGUUUGGCCGAGGUGCACCAGUACUCUGCAGAGAAGUCUGGCAACGCCAAUGAGCUCAAUGCUGCGCAAAAGCGUGCAAAAGAGGCGCGCAAGGGCAAAUGGCACGAUUGGGAUCCGUCGCAGGACGAGGAAGCCGAAGAGGCUGACUAUGCCGAGAACACUACUGCCGAGCCCGUGGCCCAGGACAAGCAGACAGCACAGUACAAGGAUGUCGUGGUGACAAACAUUGAUUCCAAUGGCAAGCUCAAGGUCCAGAUCAUUGGCUCUGGCACCGCUGCUCUUGAGACCCUGAUGAGCGAGUUCAAGAAAUUUCACCUCGACUCUAAGAACAACAAGGCCCUGGCGAACCCACCCAAGGCUGGCGACAUUGUUGCUGCCAAGUUCUCUGCUGACGGCCAGUGGUAUCGUGCAAAGAUCCGAUCAAACGACCGGACUGCCAAGGUUGCCGAAGUUGUCUACAUCGACUACGGUAACUCGGAAAAGAUUCCUUGGUCGAACCUGCGGGCUCUUGACCAACCCCAGUUCAACACACAACGCCUCAAGCCCCAGGCUGUCGAUGCAGUGCUGUCAUACGUGCAACUGCCCAACGGCGAUUACUUCAACGAGGCCAUUGACUUCCUGGCCGAUGCCACUGAUGGCAGAAAGUUGGUUGCCAGCAUCGACUUUUCUGACCCCAAGGAGGGACUCAACUAUGUCACCCUCUUUGAUGCAACCGACUCGAGCCAAUCCUUCACCGAAUCCGUCAACAAGGACAUUGUUGCGGCUGGUCUCGCCUUGAUCCCCACGAAGCUGAAGGCUUGGGAGAGAGGCGCUCAGAGCUCCGAGGUCCUCAAGAAGUUGCGCCAGGUCGAGACACAGGCCAAGUCAGAGAGACGUGGCAUGUGGGAGUACGGUGACAUUACUGAGGACUAG